AUGGAAAAGGCUUUGCAGCCAAAUCCCAUAACCGGGAUACAAGGCAAUCGGGAACAGCUGGGGCUGCGUCUGUCUGCGCUGCGAGUUACUGCAGUUUGUAUUGUUUGUAAACUUUUUGGAGGAGAUGCUGUCUCUGGCUUUGUGGGCUAUAUAGACAGCUGUACUAUUUUUAGUCCCAAGCUGGAAGAUAACAUCAUCUCUUUAGGAAAAUUCUGCCAUAUUUGCAGGAACUCCUUCCUUUUUUGGAAACGGCUGCACGUACUGGCACCCGAGCUGCAAGCGUGCAGCCCCACCCAGGAAUCUGUGCAGCCCGCAGUGACGCCUGUCCUGGCAGACCCCUGCCAGCAGCUGCCACUGUCACUUGCCAGUUGUUUAAAGCUCUUUAAAGGUGACUUUAGCCUUGUUCCCGAGGUGGCUCACAACAGGUUGUGUCUGCACGUGUUGCACUCGGGGAUCAUUGCAGUCUUGUUGGCGAGGAGCGAGCGUUUGACCACCAUCAAGUUGAAGGGGCCUGGUGUAAAGAAAAGUGCUGACAGGUUCCCAGCACCACCCUGCAGUGGCUAUGGCAGGUGGCCUCACCUGAUGCAGAGACAGCCAUCGCUGGCCCGUGUUGCGUCCAGUCCCUCUGGGACCCUGCCGGCGGUGGCCUGCCCUGUGGACGUGACAAUAUUUCGGCUUCUGCAGGACUCUAUUUUUACGUGGCGGCAGCAGCGAGGUGUUGGCUCACAUCCCGCCUGUGCGUGGGUGCUGCAGGAGUCAUCUGAGCCCGGGGGGCUUUCACAACCACAGGCUGUACACAGCCAACUGGAGAAGCCAUCAAGUACUGCAAUUCUCUGCAAUAACUGUGGAAACCCAUGCAAAGGAGAAGUUUUGAGAGUUCAGAACAAAUAUUUCCAUAUUAAGUGCUUUGUUUGCAAAGCUUGUGGAUGUGACCUGGCUCAAGGAGGAUUUUUUGUGAGACAGGGAGACUACAUCUGUACUUUGGACUACCAGAGACUCUAUGGCACACGGUGCUUCAGUUGUGAUGAAUUCAUUGAGGGAGAAGUGGUCUCAGCACUGGGCAAAACCUAUCACCCAGACUGCUUCGUGUGUGCUGUCUGCAGGCUGCCUUUCCCUGCGGGCGACCGCGUAACUUUUAACGGGAAGGAGUGCAUCUGCCAAAAAUGUUCCUUGCCCCCUUCCAGCAGCACUGGCUCUUUCCCGAUACAGAACCUGCGAAAUUGUGGGGGCUGUGGUUCAGAAAUAAAAAAUGGACAGUCGUUGGUUGCCUUGGACAAACAUUGGCAUUUGGGCUGUUUUAAGUGCAAUACAUGCGGCAAGCUACUGAAUGCAGAGUACAUCAGCAAGGAUGGUGUUCCAUACUGCGAAACGGACUAUCAUGCAAAGUUUGGUAUCAGAUGUGACAAUUGUGAAAAGUAUAUCACAGGAAGAGUGCUCGAGGCAGGAGAAAAACAUUACCACCCAACGUGCGCACGAUGUGUCAGGUGCAGUCAGAUGUUUGCAGAAGGAGAAGAAAUGUAUCUUCAAGGUACAUCCAUUUGGCAUCCAGUUUGUAGACAGGCUGCAAAGGCUGAAGAAAAAAACAAGGAAACAAGGACUUCUUCUGAGAGUAUUAUUUCUGUACCUGCUUCGAGUACAUCAGGUUCCCCAAGCCGUGUGAUCUAUGCAAAGCUUGGAGAUGAAAUUCUUGACUACAGGGAUUUGGCUGCUCUUCCUAAAAAUAAAGCCAUCUAUAACAUUGACCGCCCAGAUAUGAUCUCCUAUUCUCCAUAUAUCAGUUACUCUUCAGAUGACAGGCAUAGUUAUGGGGAGGGUGACCAAGAUGACAGAUCUUUCAAGCAGUACAGGACAUCAAGUCCUAGCUCUGCUGGCUCGCUGGGCUAUGGUCGCUACACUCCAACCUCCCAUUCUCCUCAGCACUACAGCAGACCAGCUGGUACUCAGAGUCUUGGUACCAGUAGCUGCAUCUCCCUGCCCCAACACCCAAGCCCUACAUCUACAUUCAGACAUCAUUACAUCCCUUUCUUCAAAGGCAGUGAAAGUGGUCGGAGCACUCCAAGUUUAUCCAUGUACUCAGACAGCAAAUCUUCACCUUCUGUCUAUCAGCAGGCUCCUAGGCAUUUCCAUAUUCCAGACACUGGCGUAAAAGAUAACAUCUAUAGGAAACCUCCUAUCUACAAACAGCAUGCAGCAAGAAGAUCAGAAGGGGAGGAUGGAAGCUUGGAUCAGGACAGUAAGAAGCUGAAGACCAGUUGGCUUACUCUGAAAGGAGAUAUGGACACCAGAACUAAUUCCCCGGAUUCGGAUACACGGUCCCUGUCUCUUACUGCCGGAACUGACAGAGAAAACUUCCCAAGGGCACAGGAGGGCAUGACUGCUGGCUAUUCCCGAUUUCCAUAUUCUAAAUCUGCUUCUCUACCUGGCUAUGGAAAGAAUGGCUUACAUCAGCCUGAAAAUAUGGGCCAAUAUGAAACAGACCAGGAGGCAAGCUGGGGGAUGAAAGAAUACAAGAUUUAUCCUUACGAAACACUUAUUGUAACAAACCGAGUUCGUGUGAAAUUGCCUAAGGAUGUGGACAGGACCAGGCUGGAGAGGCAUUUGUCCCCUGAAGAGUUCCAGGAAGUCUUCAAAAUGAGCAUUGAGGAAUUUGAUCGUCUGGCACUUUGGAAGCGGAAUGACCUGAAGAAAAAGGCCCUGCUUUUCUAGCCCCUCCCGGAUAAAAUAUGUGCUUAAUCAAAACAAAAAUAGUCUUGCCAGAACUAUCACAUGCACUUGCUGUUGAACCAUUGUCCAGCUUCAUUGUGUUAGUAUGUGUCAGGGGAAACAGGACAGAUUAGAUGGCAAUGCGUUGGAAUACAGAGAAUUUGCUAAUCUUGCAUGACCAGCUGGUUUUGUCAGUAACUCCUGGUCCUACCCAGUUUACAACGUGCAAAAAAUCUAGCUUUAAAUUUGUUGUUGCUUGCAGUUAUUGCUUGAUGCAAACAGAAAUUCUGAAAGGAAGAGAAAAAAAGUGUAGCUGUGACAAAGGAAAUGCAUCCAACAUUUUGUUCCGUUAAGUUUUACAACACAAUUUUUACAAAAUCAAGAAAAUAAUGAAUAUAAAAUUCUCCAAUGGGGAAUCACAUGCUAUUAAAUAUGGUAAAAGCCAAAGAAAAGCAUGUUCGCAAGCAAUUAUUGCAAUUGUUUAUGUGUGGUACUUUUUAAGAAUGAAAGCAAAAAUAUGGAAGCACCUUAAUUCUACUUCUUAUAUUUAGACACAGCCUACUCUCGACAAGGUCAUAUUUGUCUAGAAGGUAACUAACUAUCUUUGAUUACAACACAAGAGUUUUUAUUUUAUUAAGAAUAUAUUGUGACAUAAAACAAUUUUAAUGACUAAAAUGUAUACAGAAGUACUUAAAAAUUUAGUCCCAUUCAUCAGGAAAACUGAAGCCU